AUGGAUGGACCAUCCAGUCAAAACAAAUACCAUAUUAUGGUAAGAUUUCCAGGUGCCUUUGUAUAUAUCUUUUAUGACAUUAUGAAGGAAAGAAAAAUUAAAACAGAAAGCCUGCAGAAAUUUAUUAAACUGUAUAAAGAAUAUAAAACUCUAGAAUCACCAAGAGAUCAAAAGAAAAUAUGCGAAUAUAAUGACGAUGAAGAUGUAGUAGACUUUGAGAAACUGUAUGCAUGUCUCUUGACUUUAUCUGGAUCUUGUCAUCAAGGCUUAGUUAUUGAUGAGUUGGAGAAGUACCUAAGUAAACCUAGAGCCGCCAGCUCGAAAGACAUUUUAAAGUGA